AUGAGCUUUGGCGACCGUGUUGUUCGCAUGUCAGACAGUUCCCGGCGUUGCGAAAUGCAAUCCUGGCACUACCUUUUGAUCCAGCCCUUGGUGACAAAGACAAAGUUCUCUAGCGCCAUUCACAGCGAGAGUGACCGUAUGAGAUCAUGGGGGAAAACUCAGGGUUGUAUGUUUUGCGGUGAGCCAGACGAGACUCGGGAUCGUCUAUACUUUGCCUGCCCUUACUCCUUCACAGUUUGGCUGAGAGUGGGAGGAGGACUGCUUGCAGAUCAAGCCUCUCCUGACUGGAUUGACACGCUUAACUUCUUGCACCUGGGAGGCCGCAACCUGAUGGAUCAGAUACUCUUGUGUAUGAUGUUCCAAACUACGGUUUACUACCUCUGGCAAGAGCGAAAUACCAGGAGACAUGAAGGACCUUGGAUCCCACAUGAGCAGACUUGA